GACGUUCACCACACACGGGAGAAAAGCGUCUCGACGGCACUUGAUAAGAAUAAUAAGAGGGAGAGACAGAGAGGAACAGAGAUAGUGGUAGAGAUAGAGGGAAAGGGAAACAGGCGAGGAAGAGAGGAGGGAGAGCAAGCGAGAGAGGGAAGAAUAAAAACAGGAGUGUGGAGGAAGAGAGAGGGAGCGGUGGAGAGAGGAGAGAGAGAGGAGAACGACGACGACGACGACAAAGAAAAAGAGGAAGAAGACGGACAAGGGCGAGGGGAGAAGAUCUCUCUUGCUUGCUCUGGACACGCCAUCAUGGUCAAAACUUUCCAAGCGUACCUGCCCUCGUGUCACCGCACUUACUCGUGCAUUCACUGCCGUGCUCACCUCGCCAACCACGACGAACUCAUCUCUAAGUCCUUCCAGGGCAGUCAAGGUCGUGCCUAUCUCUUUAAUUCAGUGGUGAACGUGGGCUGUGGUCCUGCAGAGGAGCGAGUUCUGCUCACUGGCCUUCAUGCUGUGGCUGAUAUUUACUGCGAAUGUUGCAAGACCACCCUCGGGUGGAAAUACGAGCAUGCGUUUGAAUCGAGCCAGAAGUAUAAAGAGGGCAAGUUUAUAAUUGAACUUGCACAUAUGAUCAAGGAAAAUGGAUGGGAGUAAGCGAUGUCGGGGUAGAAGUACAUGGUACAUCCCUAAACAUCGACACCCAUCCGACUGUCCCUGAUGUUGAUGACGACGUCGAUGAUGAUAAUGAUGAUGAUGGUGAUGAUGAUGGUGAUGAUUAUGAUGGUGAUGAUAUGAUGAUGAUGAUGGUGAUGAUGUUGAUAAUGAUGAUGACGACAACUACGGCGUCGAUGAUGAUACGCCUACAAUGUUGUUCCACUUGCAAAUGUUUGCGGCCCCCUACCCUCUGUCAAACCACCAACGAAAGUCUGUGAUUUCAUUUGUGAUUUGUAAUCUUAGUAACUCUUUAUGUUUCGGACAAUUCGACGCUGUUUUUCGUUGUUUCUGAUCGAUUCGUCGACAAGCGACAACCGAUGACACCGGUGAUCCGCUCUGCUGCGGAUCGGACACAUGAAGAAGUAUUGUAAAGAAAUUAUUUUUCAAAAAAAAUAACGGAAGAAAACAUAAGCAGCAAAAAUAAAUUGAUAAGGGAAGAAGGAGAAAGGGAAGAGAAGAACGUAGGUCAAGACAAGGAAGGAAACGAACAAAGACAGAGUAUAAGACCGAGAAUGAUGACGAUAAGAAACGAUGGUGAUGAAUAUGAUGACGAUGAUGGUGCCAUGACAGAAAGGAUAAAGACCCGAGAUCGCUCUGUUCGAAUAGUGGGGUGCCCCACUUAAUUUUUCAAUUCAUUCAUCCACUUGAGACGUUCCCCUUGUGUACGUCCACGAUAAAUGGUAAAAAAUUAACGCGCGGGGCACCCCGAUCGAUCAGUUUCGAAUCUGUUAUGCACCGGAGCAGCGCAAGUGCCACAGACUUUGCUGGACUGACUGCCUGCCUGCCGCGUCUAUCAUUGGAAUUUCACUGCCGAUAUUCCUAAUAUUAAUUAAGACCGCUGUUUCGUGUGUAGUUGGCGACGCAGCGGCGGUAGAUUCUAGUAUAGCUUACGAUAUAGUGUACUAAAGCCUAUGUUACAAUAUUAUAGGACCUCAUGAACAUAGAAUGUAAGGAUAUGUAAGAGUAAUGACACUAAGAGAAGCGAAGAAUGUGCAGGGAAUGAGAGUGAGAGAGAAAAAGAGGGAGCGAUAAAACAUGAAUGCGAGGAAGAAAGAGAGAAAGAGAGAGAGAGAGAGUGAGAGAGAAAGAGAGAAAUCGAUCGCGAGAGAAUGAUAGGGAGAGAAAGGUAAAAAAGUUACUUGUGUCGCGCGUACAUCUUUGAUUUUAUGUUCACCAUGCCUGCCAAACUGUCUGUUUGUCUGCCAGUCGCCAUUAUUGUUAGUGAAAAGAAAAAAAAACCGUAUUUUAACAUGUUCACGUUCUCGUCGGCUCUUGCAGGGUGUGGUAUGACUGAAUAAUAUUUUUGUUGUGAAACGAUCAUUUGGACUGCGCCUUCCUAUGCACGCACCACGAUGUAUUAAAUGAAAAUAUGAUUAAAAACAAAAGAGGUAAAAAAGAAUGGAACAAAAUAAUAAUUGCUCAUUAUUUUUUAAUAAUCGAUCUCAUUUGUAAAUAUUAAAUAGAGUUCAGUGUAACAUCACGAGUCACUGUUAUCACACAAGAGGUAUCGGAACCGUCGUGUGUUCUCCCUCUAGUAACCCGAAUGUACACGUUUGAUUUUUAACGUUGGCCAUUAAAGAAAAAAAAAAGAUUCAUACACUGGAUAUUGACUUAUCAUUUUUCGUGCUAGACCAGUCUGUACAACAGUGAAAUUUUAAUGUAUUUCAUUUCCGUUAGGACCCCUUGUCUCGGACACUGCAUGUGUGAAUUGGACAGGUUUAUUUUUAGGUAGCUUCGCACGCUACCUUCGUUACUUAUCUGUAAUAGAUUUAAUUCAAAAUUUUAGACGUAUAGCGAACAAAAUUGGGAUCUUAAUUAUUGGAAGGACGUUCAUCUUUCGGAGCAUGUAUUUUAUAAGACAGAAGUACACAAUGUAUUUCGUGUAAUAUACCAAGGCGAAGGUAGCAAUAAUUGUAGAGCGUGAAGAGAGAAAAAAGUUUAUUUUUAUUUCGAUAAUGAAACUAAUCGAUCAAAAGUGUAACUGUGAAACAAGUGUACAAAAAUUGAUCAGCUCUUAUUGCGCUAGACAUUUCUGAAAGCAUAGAUUGAGUAAUGGACACGCGAAAAAAAAAAUUCAGGUGGAGUUUAAAAGCUUUGAGAAAUGGGAAACAGGUAUCGUAUGUUCAUUGUUUUAAAUGCAUACAUAUGAAAGUGCAGUGAACUUUGCGUGUAUGUAGAACAAGUGGUGAAUGAAUGUGCCGGCCUAAUCCUUCAUGCUGUCUCUUGGAGAGUACUUUUUAUAUUACUGUGCCGAUGUCCCUUUAUCCGCACUCACUUUUCUGGGAGUCUUGUUAAAUUAUGGCCCACUAACACUGAUUCUAUAGUUUCCAACCUCCACCGACAUCCACCAUUACCACCAUUACACAAUUUUGCUUUGUAAAACAUGUUCAUAAUAAAAACAAAGAGGAAAUACAAAGUAUUUAAUCGAAACGUCUUCUUUUAAUUCAAAUUUACGCCUCGAAUGUGAGAAUUAUGCUUUGAUAAGAAAUAUCUGGUACUGAAA